ACGUAACGCCGAAAAUUUUCGGCGCAGUGUUUUGUUUUGUAAAAAAAGUAUUUAGGUUAGAAUUGCUUACGUGCUUUAUUAUAUUUAUUUAAUUUUAAUAAAAAAAGGAUGAAAAGCACAAUUUUCCUAGUUUUAGCAGUGCUAAUAGGUAGUUCAAGGGCCUGGGAUAACGUGGACUUUGAAAUAUUUGAUCUCGUUGAAGAUAUUAAUGAGAAUUUCUACUCUCUUCUUGGAAUAAACCAGAAUGCCACGACGGCCGAGGUAAAACGUGCUUUCCGAACGUUAUCUGUGAUCCACCAUCCGGACAAGACUACCGCAGAGGAUGCAAAUGAAAAGUUCCGGAAUCUUGUCGCUGUCUACGAAGUACUCAAAGAUACAGAAAAACGAGAAAAAUAUGACAAUGUCCUCAAGAAUGGCUUGCCCAACUGGAAAUCAGGACUGUACUACUAUCGUCGCUUCCGGAAGAUGGGCAUCGCGGAGAUGGUGUCUAUUCUCUCACUCAUCAUCACCAUUGGACAGUACCUAAUCUCCUGGGCUGUCUAUUUUGAGAAAAAGUACACAGCUGAGCAAAUUUUGGGCAGUAAGAUAAAGAAAAUCCAGAAGAAACAAAAAGGCACAAUUGAUAUGGAUAGGAUACUGGAGGAAAUCCCAAAGCCGAGCAUUUUCCAAACACUGCCCUUCCAAAUUCCCCUGUUCAUUUGGCGCUUUCCGAGAAGAUGUCGUGAUACGUAUCGGGAGUACAGAGAAGUGAAGCAGCAGCAACUUGAGGAUGAGGAACGACAACAGGAAGAGGAGAAGCGACAGCAAGAAAUGGUAGAAAAGAUUCAAAAGCAAAAGGAAGAAGCCAAAGGAUUAAGAAAGCGAAAGGCAUUUGUUGUGCCAGAGAAAACAGAUGAGGAACUCUCAGGAUACACCAAUGUUAUGUCUAAAGGCACAUCUGAUGGUCUUGUACGUCCUGUUCAUCACUCUCAGGCUCCCAUAUCUGGUGGUUUGUGGACAGAUGACGAUCUGAAUGAGCUUGUAAGAUUGGUGAAAAAAUAUCCUGGUGGCACCACUGAUCGCUGGGAAACGAUAGCUAAUGCAAUGAAUCGAUCAGUCCCUGAGGUGACCUUUAUGGCGGCAAAACUCAAGGAUAAUCCCCUAAAAACAUCUAAUGUUACCGAAAUUGAGGAAACUGUGCAAAAGAAAGGCAAACAAAAGACACAGGAUGGAAAUCAAUUGAUCAUUCCUGUCACCAACUGGUCACAGCAGCAACAACAGGCACUUGAGGCGGCAAUUGUGAAGUAUCCUAAGGGCGGAGCAGGGGAUCGUUGGCAGAAAAUAGCCAAUUGUGUCCAAGACAAGAGUCGUGAGGAGUGCAUGGCACGAUAUAAGUACCUCGUGGAUUUGGUGAAGAAGCAGCGCGAAGAAGUUGCCCCAUCUGACGAGAAGGAUGCAGCUGAAGAGGAGCCCGCGGCAACACCUGAAGAAAUUCCAGAGGAACCUGAUGAGGUAGAAAUUCCACAGCCAGAAGAGCAGCCUAAAGCGAAAGGUCGCAAUAGACGACGUGAACGGAAGAAGCUAGCUGAAUUGACAUUGGAAGAGUAUGAGGAGUAUGACAAAUAAAUUGUGUACAGGAAGGA